AGUGGGAACUUCCGUCAAAGUGGCCCCCCCCCAAAAAAAGAGUGCAAGAAGUCGCCAAGAGGGAGGAAAGGGGCGGGCUUUGAGCAAAAUGCUUUGCGUUUUCACGCAUCAGAUGCGCCCGUUUCAAGUCAGUGUGCAAAACCUGCGCCAGUGAGCCCACACGCAGGAUCGUCGUUAUUUGGCAUUUUUGCAACGCGUGGACAAAGUGGAGAAGAUCCGGGCUGAGAGACGAUCUGCACCCUUCUGAUGCGCACAGAAAGGAGGUCAGCUUGACAUCAUGAGCGAUCGGUUCGACUGCAAGAACUGCUGCGAGUCCCUGUAUGGACGCAAGUACAUCCAGGUGGACGACAACCCCCACUGCGUCCCGUGCUAUGACCGCUUGUAUGCCAAUACCUGCCAGGAAUGUAAAGAAAUAAUCGCUCACAAUGCUAAAGAGCUCUUCUAUAACAGCAGAUACUACCACGAUCACUGCUUCCGCUGCAUGCGCUGCGACCGCUCUCUGGCCGACGAGCCCUUCACCAGUCAGGAAGACGCUCUCGUGUGCAGCGAGUGUUACAGCAAUGAAUUCUCCUCCAAGUGCGUGGUGUGCGACAAGAAAGUUAUGCCUGGAUCAAAGAUAUUGGAGUAUGACGGCUCCACGUGGCACGAGGACUGUUUUGUGUGCCACGGCUGCGAAAAGCCCAUCGGCGGCGAGGCCUUCAUCCCGGACAAAAACAAUUACUACUGUGUGCCGUGCUAUGAGGGCAGGCUCGCUCCUCGGUGCAGCCACUGCAACAAGCCUCUGACUAAAGGAGGGGUGACCUACAGGGACGAGGUGUGGCACAAAGAGUGCUUCCUCUGCACGGGCUGCAAAACACCUCUGGCUGGCCAACCUUUCACCUCGGAGGGGGAGAAACCUUACUGUGUCAAGUGCUUCAGCAGCCUCUAUGCCAAAAAAUGUGCCGGCUGCAACACGGCCAUCACAGGGUUCGGAGAUGGCAAAUACAUUUCUUUCGAGGAGCGACAGUGGCACCAGCCCUGCUUCAAGUGCUCCCGAUGCUCCGUGUCAUUGGUCGGCUCCGGGUUCUUCCCGGACCGGGACCAGAUUCUGUGUACGGACUGCAACAAUGACGACUGACUGAGCCACAAAACUUUCAAAACCUCAGCAGUGCACACGAACACUGCCAAUGCACCAGUUCACUCCAAGCUUAUCCAACUCAUGUAGCCACAAUGGGGUUAUUGUUUUGUAUAAAAUCAGCAAAAAUAAUCCUGUUGGACUAUGAUUUUUUUUUUUUUUCUAAUAAUUUGCACACCAUGUUACAUGGAUAAAAUAUACAUUAGGUAUAUGUAAACCUUUAAAUUAAAUGGUUUAGUCAUCUUGAAUAACAUCUGGUAGUGUGUUCACAUGAGAAUUUAGUUGCAGUCUUCAAAAAGUAAUAGUACAGUGUUCGAGGUGGAGAAAAAGCUUUAAAAAAAUAGCAUCAUCAUGUGACAUCUAAAGCAUAGCAUGUCUGUCAUAAUUGUGAUUUUAUUUGGCUUGUUUGUUCUUUGUGUGUGUCACGUGAAGCUGGAAAUAGUCUAAAUAUAUCAUACGUUUUUGUAAAAAUGUCAGACUAACUUCUCAUGAGAGCAUAUUGCUGCUAGACAGACCAAAUUCAUUGUAUUGCAAUGUUUUCAUGCCUCAUUGACAAAUGUAUUGGGCAGCUUUGGAAUACAAUAAUAGUAUCUUAGAAGAUUUGCAUGUUCAUAUUUUAAAGAGAGUAGAUUAGCUAUAGAAGCCACGCAGAGGGACACCUUCCUCUUAUUUGCAGCAAUAUAACUUUUUAGGAUUUAAUAUUGUAUUUCUAUAUGCACUAGUCACAUUUGUUUGUAAAAAGCCACAACUAACUAUGCAUCUUUUUAUUAAAAUAAUGUAUUUGGAAA